AUGGGGAGACGGUGCGGGCUUUGCCCGCAGCUUUAUUGCUUGUGGCUGGGCUGUGUCGCGCUGUGGGCGCAGGGAGCAGCCGGGCAGCAAAAGCAACAGCAGGUUCGUCCCGCGGGGGGAACAGACUCCAUCUACCCAGCCUCGGAGAAUCGGGAGGACGGAGCAGGGGCCGCCACCAGCCGGGUCCGCAGGAGAGGCCAGCAGGAUGUGCUUAGGGGGCCAAACGUGUGUGGCUCUAGAUUCCACUCCUACUGUUGCCCUGGAUGGAAAACACUCCCUGGAGGAAAUCAGUGUAUUGUUCCAAUUUGUAGAAAUAGUUGUGGUGAUGGAUUUUGUUCCCGUCCUAAUAUGUGCACUUGCUCCAGUGGACAAAUAUCACCUACCUGUGGAUCAAAAUCUAUACAACAGUGCAGUAUCAGAUGCAUGAAUGGUGGAACUUGUGCAGAUGACCAAUGCCAGUGCCAGAAAGGGUAUAUUGGAACUUACUGUGGACAACCUGUCUGUGAAAAUGGUUGCCAGAAUGGAGGACGUUGUAUUGGACCCAACCGCUGUGCAUGCGUAUAUGGAUUUACUGGCCCUCAGUGCGAAAGAGAUUAUAGAACAGGCCCCUGUUUCGCUCAGGUCAACAACCAGAUGUGUCAGGGCCAGCUGACUGGCAUUGUUUGCACGAAGACUCUUUGUUGUGCAACCAUCGGACGUGCCUGGGGCCAUCCUUGCGAGAUGUGUCCUGCCCAGCCUCAGCCAUGUCGUCGUGGCUUCAUUCCUAACAUCCGCAAUGGAGCAUGUCAAGAUGUUGAUGAGUGCCAGGCUAUACCAGGGGUCUGUUCAGGAGGAAACUGCAUUAAUACAGUUGGCUCUUAUGAAUGCAAGUGUCCUGCUGGUCACAGACAGAAUGAGGCAACUCAGAAAUGUGACGAUAUCGAUGAGUGCAGUAUCGUUCCAGGAAUCUGCGAAGGUGGUGAAUGUUCUAACACUGUGGGAAGUUAUUUCUGCAUUUGUCCACGUGGCUAUGUCACAUCUACAGAUGGAUCCCACUGUAUUGAUCAAAGGGCAGGCACAUGUUUCUCCAGCUUGGUGAAUGGUCGCUGUGCACAAGAACUUCCGAAUAGGUUUACCAAAAUGCAGUGCUGUUGUGAAUCUGGUCGAUGCUGGGCCAUUGGAUCUGUUCCUGAGAUGUGUCCUGUGAGAGGCUCUGAUGAAUACCGCAGACUUUGCAUAGAUGGAGUUCCUGUAGGAGGUGGUUCCAGACCUGGUGGACCAGGAAGCAAUGGAUUCCUUCCUGGUGGAAAUGGGAAUAGCUAUGGCCCGGGAGGAACUGGAUUUAUUCCCAUUCCAGGUGGCAAUGGCUUCUCCCCUGGUGUAGGAGGAGCAGGUGUUGGGACUGGUGGCCAGACUCACACUGGAAAUGGUGCAAUCAUUACUGGGCUGACAAUCCUCAAUCAGACAAUAGAUAUAUGUAAACACCACCCCAAUCUCUGCUUAAAUGGACGCUGCAUACCAACAAUUUCCAGUUACCGAUGUGAGUGCAACAUGGGAUAUAAGCAAGAUGCAAAUGGGGAUUGUAUAGAUGUUGAUGAGUGCACAUCAAACCCAUGCACUAAUGGAGAUUGUGUUAAUACACCUGGAUCCUAUUACUGCAAAUGCAAUGCAGGUUUCCAGAGAACACCUACCAAGCAAGCUUGCAUUGAUAUUGAUGAAUGCAUACAGAAUGGCGUUCUUUGUAAAAAUGGCCGGUGUGUGAACACUGAUGGAAGUUUCCAGUGUAUUUGCAAUGCUGGGUUUGAACUAACAACGGAUGGAAAAAACUGUGUUGAUCAUGAUGAGUGCACCACCACCAACAUGUGUUUAAAUGGGAUGUGCAUAAAUGAGGAUGGUAGCUUCAAAUGUAUCUGUAAACCAGGGUUUGUCCUAGCUCCAAAUGGGCGUUACUGUACUGAUAUUGAUGAAUGCCAGACACCAGGAAUUUGCAUGAAUGGUCAUUGCAUCAACAUUGAAGGUUCUUUUCGGUGUGAAUGUCCACCAGGCCUGGCUGUUGGGGUUGAUGGCCGUGUUUGUGUAGAUACUCAUAUGCGCAGCACAUGCUAUGGAGGAAUCAAAAAAGGAGUGUGUGUCCGCCCUUUCCCUGGGGCAGUGACAAAAUCUGAAUGUUGCUGUGCCAAUCCAGACUAUGGCUUUGGAGAGCCAUGUCACCCAUGUCCUGCCAAGAACUCAGCUGAUUUCCAUGGGCUGUGUAGCAGUGGAGUAGGGAUUACUGUGGAUGGACGAGAUAUUAAUGAGUGUGCAUUGGAUCCUGAUAUUUGCGCCAAUGGAAUUUGUGAAAACCUACGUGGUAGCUAUCGUUGUAAUUGUAACAGUGGCUAUGAACCUGAUCCCUCUGGAAGGAACUGUGUUGACAUUGAUGAAUGUUCAGUGAACAGACUGCUGUGUGACAAUGGCCUGUGUCGAAACACACCUGGAAGCUACAGCUGUACAUGUCCAAAGGGUUAUGUAUUCAGCACUGAGACUGACACAUGUGAAGAUAUAAAUGAAUGUGAAAUCAGCCCGUGUGUCAACGGCGCCUGCAGGAACAAUCUUGGUUCUUUCAAUUGUGAGUGUUCACCUGGCAGUAAACUGGAUUCUACUGGAUUGAUUUGCAUUGAUAGUCUGAAAGGAACGUGCUGGCUGAACAUCCAAGACAAUCGCUGUGAAGUAAACAUUAAUGGUGCUACACUGAAAUCAGAAUGUUGUGCUACUUUAGGAGCUGCUUGGGGCAGCCCUUGCGAGCGAUGUGAAUUAGAUGCAGCUUGCCCAAGAGGAUUUGCCAGAGUUAAGGGAGUUACCUGUGAAGAUGUAAAUGAGUGUGAUGUUUUCCCGGGUGUUUGUCCCAAUGGACGUUGUGUUAACAGCAGAGGAUCAUUUCACUGUGAGUGUCCAGAAGGCCUGACGCUGGAUGGAACAGGUCGAGUGUGUUUAGAUAUCCGUAUGGAGCAAUGUUACCUGAAGUGGGAUGAAGAUGAGUGCAUUCAGUCUGUACCUGGCAAGUUUCGUAUGGAUGCCUGCUGCUGUGCUGUUGGUGCUGCUUGGGGCUCAGACUGUGAGGAAUGUCCUAAGCCUGGCACCAAAGAAUAUGAGGCCUUGUGCCCUAGGGGACCUGGUUUUUCCAACAGGGGAGAUGUUCUAACUGGCAGGCCAUUUUAUAAAGAUAUUAAUGAAUGUAAAGUGUUCCCUGGUAUGUGCAUGAAUGGCAAAUGCAGGAACACAAUUGGAAGUUUCAAGUGUAGAUGUAACAGCGGAUUUGCUUUAGAUAUGGAGGAAAGAAACUGUACAGACAUUGAUGAGUGUCAUAUCUCCCCGGACCUCUGUGGAAGUGGUACCUGUGUCAACACUCCAGGCAGCUUUGAAUGUGAAUGCUUUGAGGGCUAUGAAAGUGGAUUUAUGAUGAUGAAGAAUUGCAUGGACAUAGAUGAAUGUGAACGUAACCCUCUCCUUUGCAGAGGUGGCACUUGUGUGAACACAGAAGGCAGCUUUCAAUGUGACUGUCCUUUGGGACAUGAGCUAUCACCAUCACGUGAGGAUUGUGUGGAUGUAAAUGAAUGCUCAUUGAGUGAUAAUCUCUGCAGAAAUGGCAAGUGUGUGAACAUGAUUGGAACAUAUCAAUGUUCCUGUAACCCCGGAUAUCAGGCCACUCCAGACAGACAAGGCUGCACUGAUAUUGAUGAAUGUAUGAUCAUGAAUGGAGGCUGUGACACACACUGCACCAACUCGGAGGGCAGCUAUGAAUGUAGUUGCAGUGAUGGCUAUGCUCUCAUGCCAGAUGUGAGAACAUGUGCAGAUAUUGAUGAAUGUGAAAACAACCCAGAUAUCUGUGAUGGUGGGCAGUGUACUAAUAUUCCAGGAGAAUAUCGCUGUCUUUGUUAUGAUGGCUUCAUGGCUUCUAUGGACAUGAAAACCUGCAUUGAUGUGAAUGAAUGUGACUUGAAUUCCAACAUCUGUAUGUUUGGAGAGUGUGAGAACACCAAGGGAUCCUUCAUUUGCCACUGUCAGCUAGGAUAUUCAGUCAAGAAGGGAACCACUGGAUGCACAGAUGUGGACGAGUGUGAGAUUGGUGCCCACAACUGCGACAUGCAUGCCUCAUGUGUUAAUGUCCCAGGAAGCUUCAAAUGCAGCUGCAGAGAGGGAUGGAUGGGAAAUGGCAUUAAAUGUAUUGAUCUUGAUGAAUGUUCUAAUGGAACCCACAAGUGUAGUGUGAAUGCUCAAUGUGUGAACACUCCUGGGUCAUACCGUUGUGCCUGUGCUGAGGGAUUCACUGGAGAUGGAUUCACUUGUUCUGAUAUUGAUGAGUGUGCAGAAAAUGUUAAUCUGUGUGAGAAUGGACAGUGCCUGAAUGUCCCUGGUGCAUAUCGAUGUGAGUGUGAAAUGGGAUUCACUCCAGCUUCAGACAGCAAAUCUUGCCAAGAUAUUGAUGAAUGCACCUUCCAGAACAUUUGUGUUUUUGGUACCUGCAAUAACUUACCAGGCAUGUUUCACUGUAUCUGCGAUGAUGGCUAUGAACUGGAUAGAACUGGAGGAAACUGUACAGAUAUUGAUGAGUGUGCUGAUCCCAUUAACUGUGUUAAUGGUCUCUGUGUGAAUACGCCUGGGAGGUAUGAGUGUAACUGCCCACCAGAUUUCCAGCUGAACCCAACUGGAGUAGGUUGUGUGGAUAAUCGUAUUGGCAAUUGUUACCUGAAAUAUGGACCCCGAGGGGAUGGGAGCCUAUCCUGUAACACUGAAAUCGGCGUUGGAGUCAGUCGCUCCUCAUGCUGCUGCUCUUUGGGGAAGGCCUGGGGGAUCCCCUGUGAGACUUGUCCCCCUGUAAACAGCACGGAAUAUAAUACUCUGUGUCCAGGGGGUGAGGGAUUCAGACCAAAUCCCAUCACUAUUAUCUUAGAAGAUAUCGAUGAAUGCCAGGAGUUGCCAGGUCUCUGUCAAGGUGGAAACUGCAUCAAUACUUUUGGCAGCUUCCAGUGUGAAUGUCCACAAGGCUACUACCUCAGUGAAGAAACACGGAUCUGUGAAGAUAUUGAUGAGUGUGUUGCACAUCCUGGUGUCUGUGGCCCUGGGACCUGCUACAACACUCUGGGGAACUACACCUGCAUCUGUCCUCCUGAAUACAUGCAGGUGAAUGGAGGACACAAUUGCAUGGAUAUGAGAAAGAGCUUUUGCUAUAGAAGCUACAAUGGAACCUCCUGUGAGAAUGAACUGCCCUUUAACGUGACCAAGAGGAUGUGCUGCUGCACGUACAAUGUUGGCAAAGCCUGGAACAAGCCUUGUGAGCCGUGUCCAACCCCAGGAACAGCGGAAUUUAAGACCAUAUGUGGGAACAUUCCUGGCUUCACCUUUGACAUCCAUACUGGCAAAGCUGUUGAUAUUGAUGAAUGUAAGGAGAUCCCAGGGAUCUGUGCAAAUGGUGUUUGCAUUAACCAGAUUGGCAGUUUCCGCUGUGAAUGUCCCACAGGAUUCAGCUACAGUGACCUACUCUUGGUCUGUGAAGAUAUUGAUGAGUGCAGCAAUGGAGACAAUCUCUGUCAGCGAAAUGCAGACUGUAUCAACAGUCCUGGGAGUUACCGCUGUGAAUGUGCUGCAGGUUUCAAACUUUCACCUAAUGGUGCCUGUAUUGAUCGCAAUGAAUGUUUGGAAAUUCCUAAUGUUUGCAGUCAUGGCAUGUGUGUGGACAUGCAAGGAGGUUACCAGUGCAUCUGUCACAAUGGUUUUAAGGCAUCCCAAGACCAAACCAUGUGCAUGGAUGUUGAUGAAUGUGAACGCCAUCCAUGUGGAAAUGGAACUUGUAAAAACACAGUUGGAUCAUAUAACUGUCUUUGUUACCCAGGAUUUGAGCUCACUCAUAAUAAUGACUGUAUGGAUAUUGAUGAGUGCAGUUCCUUCUUUGGUCAGGUGUGCAGAAAUGGACGAUGUUUUAAUGAAAUUGGUUCUUUCAAAUGUUUAUGUAAUGAAGGAUAUGAACUUACUCCGGAUGGCAAGAAUUGCAUUGAUACUAAUGAGUGUAUGGCACUUCCUGGUGCAUGCUUUCCUGGUACUUGUCAGAAUUUGGAAGGGUCAUUCAGAUGCAUCUGCCCACCAGGAUAUGAAGUGAAAAGUGAAAGCUGUAUUGAUAUUGAUGAGUGCAAUGAAGACCCCAACAUCUGUCUCUUUGGCUCCUGCACUAAUACUCCAGGAGGCUUUCAAUGCACCUGUCCCAUAGGCUUUGUGCUGUCUGACAAUGGACGAAGGUGUUUUGAUACCCGGCAGAGCUUCUGUUUCACUAACUUUGAAAAUGGGAAAUGCUCUGUCCCAAAGGCUUUCAACACCACCAAGGCAAAAUGUUGCUGCAGUAAGAUGCCAGGAGAGGGAUGGGGUGAUCCUUGUGAGCUCUGCCCCAAGGAAGAAGAAGUUGCUUUCCAGGAUUUGUGUCCCUAUGGCCAUGGAACUAUCCCUGGGAUUGAUGAUACACGGGAAGAUGUCAAUGAAUGUCUUGAGAGCCCAGGCAUUUGUUCAAAUGGUCAUUGUAUCAACACUGAUGGAUCAUUCCGCUGUGAGUGCCCCAUGGGAUACAACUUAGAUUACACUGGAGUGCACUGUGUGGAUACUGAUGAAUGUUCGAUUGGCAAUCCAUGUGGAAAUGGCACAUGCACUAAUGUGAUUGGUAGUUUUGAAUGUAACUGUCAUGAAGGAUUUGAGCCAGGCCCAAUGAUGAAUUGUGAAGACAUAAAUGAGUGUGCGCAGAACCCUUUGCUGUGUGCUUUUCGGUGCAUCAACACUUACGGUUUCUAUGAAUGCACCUGUCCGGUUGGCUAUGAACUGAGAGAAGACCAAAAGAUGUGCAAAGACCUGGAUGAAUGUGCUGAAGGUCUUCAUGAUUGUGAAUCAAGAGGCAUGAUGUGCAAAAAUUUGAUUGGCACCUUCAUGUGUAUCUGCCCUCCUGGAAUGACCCGUAGACCUGAUGGAGAAGGCUGCAUGGAUGAAAAUGAAUGCCGUACCAAGCCAGGUAUCUGUGAAAAUGGUCGCUGUGUGAACAUUAUUGGAAGCUACAGGUGUGACUGUAAUGAAGGAUUCCAGUCAAGCCCAUCAGGCACUGAGUGCCUUGAUAACCGCCAAGGAUUCUGCUUUGCUGAAGUUUUACAGACAAUGUGCCAGAUGGCUUCCAGUAGCCGUAACCUUGUCACCAAGUCAGAGUGCUGCUGUGAUGGAGGGCGAGGCUGGGGUAACCAGUGUGAGCUUUGUCCACUGCCAGGAACCACCCAAUAUAAGAAACUCUGUCCACAUGGACCAGGAUAUACAACAGAUGGAAGAGAUAUUGAUGAAUGUAAGGUCAUGCCAAAUCUGUGUAGAAAUGGCCAGUGCAUCAACACAAUGGGUUCCUUCAGAUGCUUUUGUAAAGUUGGCUACACCACUGAAAUAAGUGGGACAUCCUGUGUGGAUCUUGAUGAAUGCUCCCAGUCUCCAAAACCAUGCAACUUUAUCUGCAAGAACUCAGAAGGAAGCUACCAGUGCUCAUGUCCCCGUGGCUACAUCCUGCAAGAGGAUGGAAAGACAUGUAAAGAUCUUGAUGAAUGUCAAACCAAACAACACAACUGCCAGUUCCUCUGUGUCAACACUCUUGGGGGCUUCACAUGUAAAUGUCCACCAGGCUUCACUCAACAUCAUACUGCUUGUAUUGAUAACAAUGAGUGUGGUUCACAGCCAUCACUUUGUGGAUCAAAAGGAAUCUGUCAAAACACUCCUGGAAGUUUCAGCUGUGAGUGUCAGAGAGGCUUCUCUCUGGAUUCUACUGGAUUAAACUGUGAAGAUGUGAAUGAAUGUGAUGGAAACCAUAGGUGCCAACAUGGCUGCCAGAACAUCCUGGGUGGCUACAGAUGUGGGUGCCCACAAGGGUACAUUCAACAUUAUCAGUGGAAUCAGUGUGUUGAUGAAAAUGAAUGUACCAACCCUAAUGCUUGUGGCACUGCUUCCUGCUACAACACACUUGGAAGUUACAAGUGCGCUUGUCCAUCUGGAUUUUCUUAUGACCAGUUCUCUAGUGCGUGCCAUGAUGUGAAUGAGUGUUCCUCCACUAAAAACCCCUGCAAUUACGGCUGUUCCAACACAGAAGGUGGUUAUCUCUGUGGCUGCCCUCCUGGAUACUACAGAGUUGGACAAGGCCAUUGUGUCUCAGGAAUGGGAUUUAACAAAGGCCAGUACCUCCCUCUGGGUGGAGAUGUAGAUGAAGAAAAUGCUUUGUCCCCUGAAGCAUGUUAUGAAUGCAAAAUCAAUGGCUACGCCAAUAAAAACAGCAGGAAAAAAAGAAGUGUGAAUGAAACUGAGCAAGCAGAGAUUGAGCAGAUUAGCUUGGAAAGCUUAGACAUUGACUCUCCUUUGAAGAUGAGGCUGAACUUCUCUGGACUUGGUAACAAAGAACACAUUCUAGAAUUCAUGCCAGCCAUACAGCCCCUUACGAACCAUGUCCGCUAUGUCAUCUCCCACGGCAAUGACUAUGGCAUCUUUCAAAUCCAUCAGAGGGAUGGACUUAGUUAUCUGCACACAGCUAAGAAAAAGUCAGUGCCUGGCACUUACACACUGGAAAUCACUAGCAUUCCUCUAUACAAGAAGAAGGAGCUAAAGAAACUGGAAGAUAGUAAUGUGGACAACUACCUCCUAGGAGAGCUUGGAGAAGUGCUCAGAAUGAGACUGUGGAUUGAACUCUAUUAG